AUGUCUUCUUUUCACGGAAAGGCUAUCGCAAUCACCGGAGGCGCUUCUGGUAUAGGAAUCGAGACAGCAAAGCUCUUGUGUUCACGAGGAGCAAAGGUUUCCAUAGUAGAUGUUCAGCAAGACCUCUUGACCGAAGCUGCGGCAGCGAUAAAGUCUGGUGGUGGUGAGGUUUUAACGCUCAAAUUGGACGUCCGUGAUAGCAAACAGACUGUUUCACAUUUCGGAAGAAUUGAUAGGGCUGCGAAUGUCGCUGGAGUUGCGGGAAAAGACCUUGCAAUCAAGGCAGCGGACGAAAUUAGUGAGGACGACUGGGAAUUCGUUCUCGGUGUCAAUCUCACCAGCUUGAUGCACUGCCAGCGUGCUGAGCUUCGAUCAAUAAAAGAUGGCGGUGCAAUCGUGAGCGUGGCAUCACGAGCAGGUGUUGAAGGGGCUGCCAAAGGUUCAGCAUAUAGCGCCAGCAAAAAUGGCGUUAUUGGACUCACAAGAUGUGCAGCAAAGGAUAUGGGUUCUAGAGGCAUCAGAGUGAAUGCAGUUGCUCCGGGACCCACUGAGACACCCAUGUUGUACAAUUCCAUGGCAGCCAAUGUGAAGAAUGGCACUCCUAUAACUCGAGGGGAGAACGUAUCAGCGCUCAGGCGUGUUGGAAAAGCUUCUGAAUUAGCAAGCGUCAUUGCCUUUCUUCUGAGUGAUGACUCCUCCUACAUGACAGGACAAACAAUUUUUGUUGAUAGCGGUAUUCAUAUGUAG